AUGUCGACCGACGACCAUCAAAGUUCUGCUACAGUAUCAACCAUCGACCAUCAAAGUUCUGCUACAGUGGUCAGUGUUGACCAGCCUAUCGUAUCCCCGCUCCAGUACCAGAAUGAACAAGCGACCAGCAGUGUCAACGUACGUACACAAGUCAGACCUUACACACAAUAUCUUGAACUAUUGCAUUUGAUAGUCUUGAUGGGGGUUGAACAAAUCUUGCCCAUUGACCUGAUUGGAAAAACGUCAAGUUUUGUCAAGAAGAAAUCCAUUCUUGACGUGGCUUGUACAUCCAGUGACACCAUCCAUGUCAACAAUGACACCAUCCAUGUCAACAGUGACACCAUCCAUGUCAACAGUGACACCACCCAUGUCAACAGUGACAACACCCAUGUCAACAGUGACACCAUCCAUGUCAACAGUGACACCAUCCAUGUCAACAGUGACACCACCCAUGUCAACAGUGACACCAUUCAUGUCAACAGUGACACCAUCCAUGUCAACAGUGACAACACCCAUGUCAACAGUGACACCAUUCAUGUCAACAGUGACACCAUCCAUGUCAACAGUGACACCAUCCAUGUCAACAGUGACAACACCCAUGUCAACAGUGACACCACCCAUGUCAAAAGUGACACCAUUCAUGUCAACAGUGACACCUCCCAUGUUGUGACACCACCCAUGUUUGACACCAUCCAUGUCAACAGUGACACCAUCCAUGUCUACAGUGACACCACCCAUGUCAACAGUGACACCACCCAUGUCAACAGUGACACCACCCAUGUCAACAGUGACACCACCCAUGUCAACAGUGAUACCACCCAUGUCAACAGUGACACCACCCAUGUCAACAGUGACACCAUCCAUGUCAACAGUGACACCAUCCAUGUCAACAGUGACACCAUCCAUGUCAACAGUGAUACCACCCAUGUCAACAGUGACACCACCCAUGUCAACAGUGACACCUUCCAUGUCAACAGUGAUACCACCCAUGUCAACAGUGACACCACCCAUGUCAACAGUGACACCACCCAUGUCAACAGUGACACCAUCCAUGUCAACAGUGACACCAUCCAUGUCAACAGUGACACCAUCCAUGUCAACAGUGACACCUCCCAUGUUGUGACACCACCCAUGUUGUGA